UUCCCCUCCAUUGCACCCCACCUUUCCGGAUUAAUUGUACCACCUCGCCCCCGCACAUGCGUACACCCCCAAUAUAAUACUGCCGCUGCCGCCGUGCUCGCCUAAGCAACCUGCUCCGGCCCGCUCCGGUGCCUGAUAUUACUAGUGUCUUGCUCCCAUGAUGGCCGCGGCCAAGCGCCCCUGCUGCUGCAAGCCGCCGCCACCGACGACGACGACGACGACUGAUACCUGCACUUCCUCCUCCGGCCAGGUCCAGAUUCACAAGCGCCUGCGCCCGGCCUCCUUCAUGGACGACGACAUGGCGGCGCCGCCGCAGCCGCUGCUCCCUGGGUUGCCGGACCACCUGGCGCAGCUCUGCCUCUCGCCGCUCCCGCCGCGUCUUCUACACGCUGUGUGCCGGCCAUGGCGGCGGCUCAUGUACACGCCGUCGUUCCCGCCGUUCCUGUCGCUGUAUGCGCUCCUCGACGACGACGAGGAUGCCGACGCCGGCGUGUCGUUUGCCGCCUAUGACCCUUUGGCUGGGCGGUGGGACGCGCUCCCCCCGCCGCCGAUGCCGUCGCCGCCGCCCAUGCUCUGGCACCCGUCCUUCCUCGCUCGCCGGCUGCCGCUGCAGUCCGUCGCCGCCGCGGGACGCCUCGUCCUCGUCUCCGGGUCGACGCAGUCGCUGCACCCGGCGCUGUCCCGCCCGCUCGUGUUCGACCCGGCGACGCCCACGCCGCGGUGGCAGCUCGCCCCGCGGAUCCCGCUAUCCCCGCGCCGGUGGUGCGCGGCCGGCGCGGCACGGGGCCGGGUGUUCGUCGCCGGCGGCGUCGGCGCCGGCUACGACCUGGCCGUCGCCCGCUCCGGCGCGACGUGGGACCCGGCGGCGCCGUCCUCCUCCUCCUCCUGGGAGCCGAUCCCGCCGCUGCGCGACGGACGGUUCAGCCGCGACGCCGCGGAGGCCGUCUGCUCCGGCGGGAAGGUCUGCAUGGUCAACCUCCGCAGCCGCGGCGCCAAGGAGGGCGCCGUGUUCGACCUCCGCGCCGGCCGCUGGGAGGACAUGCCGCCCGGCAUGCUCGCCGGGUGGAAGGGCCCCGCGGCCGCGUCUCCACCGGACAGCGGCGACACCAUCUACGUGGUCGACGAGGAGCACGGUGCGCUGACGGCCUACGACUGGGCCACCGACCGGUGGAAAACGGUGGCCGAGUCCGAGCGCCUCAAGGGCGCGGCCGAGAUGGCGGUCGCCGGCGGCAAGGCAUGCGUGGUGGCCCCCGGCGGCGCGAAGGUGUUGGUGGUGGACAUCGCGCGGCCGCCCAAGGUGUCAACCGCGAGGAGGGAAUUGCCGCCGGCGCCGCGCAUGUGGGAGGUAGCGGCGCCGGCCGGGAAGCGGGUGGUGGCGGUGCACGUGCUGCCCAGGAUGACCCGGCCCGAGUAGGCGAAGCCGCAUGCGGCAUAUGCGAUUCGGUACACGUACUAACACUGUGCAAAAACGAGAGCUUUUGAAGUUUUGAUUGCGUUUGGUACAAAUCGAUAAUUUUUUUAUUGAUUGUUUGGAGCAAGUCAGAUCCCCCCACCCCAAAAGAACACUCUCAAUCAUGCAUGCAUGCCUCCGUUCAAUCAAUCAAUCGAAUUUGUUUUGUUGACCCAACGACUGAGUGAAUGUUCAUUGCG